UCUGUUGGCUGUUCUUACCUAAAUUAGCUCAUCUGAGUUGGUUGCGGCUGCCGUGUCUUUCCGUCCCCCACACCUGGGUAGCUCUAGAAUGGAGAGCUCAACUUUUAAGUCAACCCCACCAACAAGAAUGCCUCCUCCAUCCUUUUCGCUAUUUCUUCAACCAAAAUUUUCCAACUAAAUUUUCUUUCGCUCGUCUCUCGCAAGCUUUGCCUUAGCCAUUCCAUUCUCGCGUUGCCAUUUCGCACCCUCACAAUGGACGCCCUCCCCGAGCCUGAUGUCAUCGCCGGCGCAUUUGACACUCUGCGUGUUCAAUCUCAUCGCAUCGCCAACAUUGGCGCUAUUCAGAACCAGCAGAACUUCCUCGAUGCCGUCUAGACUCUGGGACAGUAGAUGAACGCUUUGACACAGCAGACGAAUCACCGCAUCAAUGCAAUGGAGCAGCAAAUGAACCAGCGCUUCGACAAUCUCGCAAACCGCUUCGACAUUCUCGAAAACCGCCAAAACAAUUUCGAGAUUGCUGGUGUAAAUGCAUGCUUGGUUCACGCCCACGGCGCCGCUGUUCUCCAGCGACCCGUCGACAUCCAGAAUGGAGGCGACAUUCCCAAUUUCUCCCAAACGAAACUCCAGCUCUAUAGGAUAGAUGACGCUACUGCGGAUGCCAUUAUGCCCGCCCUCGGCAUCUUUCUCGCCUCAAACACCCCCUUGGCCGUCAAGCACGAGAGCAUUGCGCGCAAGUGGAUUCUGAAAUAAGGGGAUACUAGGACUAGAGGAAUAGAUGAGAUGGGAAGGAAAUGAUUGAGAGGACAGCAUGGUCUGAUGUAUUCAAUAAAUGACAAGGGCUUUUGGGACGAGUAUUUUUUAGAGGGUCACACUUCAUCCCGUUAUGUCGUAUCGGACAUCAGAGAGAGGAAAAGACUUGGGAAAGAGAGGCAAAUCACAUUUAGGGCCUUUACAACACCUUCCCUAGAGCGCUGCGCGAAGGUAUUUCCAGAUCUGGGGCGGUUCUCAAAGAACGCGUGCCACUGGGUUUUAGCGGGAGUUUAAGCAGUGCAACACGAAGUUGAGCUUUGCAAAAGAAGGGAAGGACCAACUGUGAGACGACGAAAAAGGCGUGCGCGACAAAUAGGGUGCCAAGUAUGUACCGGUGGCUGCAAUUAAAGUGAAUUUGGUACUUGUGGGGGCGUCAGACUAGGAUUCGGUGCGAAAACGCAGGGCG